AUGGGACUUCUCCCCAUUGUUCCUUGCCACAAGAACAAGAUGGACUCCGUAGAUGCAGAGGAAUGCGAGAAAUGCCCUCAGGAUCAGUAUCCAAAUAUGAAACAGGAUCAGUGCAUUCCAAAACGUAUAACUUGCUUAUCCUAUGAAGACCUGAUGGGAGCAGGCUUGGCUUCAAUUGCUGUUUUGCUUUUUGUGAUUGCAACUGUUGUGAUGGGGAUCUUCAGCAUACACUGGAACACACCCAUUGUCAAAGCCAACAAUCGAAGUAUCACCUGGGUCCUGCUGUCCUCUCUGCUGCUUUGCUUUCUGUGCUCUUUCCUAUUCAUCAGCCAGCCUGGAGUGGUCACCUGCCUUCUCCGGCAAACACUGUUUGGCAUCAUCUUCUCUAUUGCUCUAUCUUGUAUAUUGGCCAAAACUGUGACUGUGGUGGUUGCCUUCAUGGCCACCAAGCCAGGGAACAGGAUGAGGAAGUGGGUGGGGAAGAGACUGGCCAUAUCAGUCAUCAUUCCCUGUUGUUUAAUUCAAACUGGCACCUGUGUGCUGUGGUUGGCAACUUCACCCCCCUUCCCAGAGUCUGACAUGCACUCCCAAAUCAGUUAUAUCAUCAUUCAAUGCAAUGAAGGCUCAGACAUCAUGUUCUACAUUGUACUGGGCUACAUGGGUCUUCUGGCCACCAUCAGUUUCAUGGUGGCCUUCCUAGCCCGGACAUUGCCGGAUUCUUUCAAUGAAGCCAAGCUGAUCACUUUCAGCAUGCUGGUCUUCUGCAGUGUUUGGAUCUCCUUUGUGCCCACCUAUCUGAGCACUAAAGGGAAAGACAUGGUGGCCGUGGAGAUCUUCUCCAUCUUGGCCUCUAGUGGAGGUUUAUUGGCUUGUAUCUUCUUCCCCAAAUGCUACAUUAUUUUAGUCAGGCCCGAGCUGAACACCAGAGAGCAACUAAGCCACAAAAUGGCUGCCUUCAAAACUUCUAGAGCUGCAAACAACACCACUGCUCAGGAUGACCUGCAACCAAAAGUCCAGACCCAUGCUGGACAGGUGCACUCCAGCAGGCGAGAACAAGGCCUCCACUCUGAAGAUGUCUGUGUGACAAACCCCUUGAGUCUCACGGACUGUUCCACUGCCGUGUGCCACUUAUACCUGGCCAUGUUGAAACUUGACCACAAUUCAGACUGCCCUUUACUGACCAUGAGGAUGCCAUCAAGCCACCCGGUAAGGGUCUUUGUAGUCCUGGGGCAUCACACAGGAUCCAGCCCCUUUGAAGCUGAUGGCUGGGACCUGCCACAGGAACCGUCCCUGUCCCGGUAA